AUGAAGCUAUAGAAUUUUCAGCCACCACUGAGAGCACCUUUUUAACUCAGAGAAUUUUCUGUAUUAGGACAGCUCUUGUCUCCCUUUUCCUCCUUUGCUCAGGAAUACUUCAUCUGUCUAUAGUGAUCUUGUGUUCUUAGUAACCUUGCAGUAUGUAUUUGGGGAGCUCCUUGAUGUGCUUUGAAAAAGGAAUCCUGGAGUUUUGUGUCAGGAAAUGGCAGGCUGGCUCAAGGAGAGAAAGCAUCCUCUAGUUAAGCCACACUGCUGGAAUGUUUUGAAGCCAAACUUCCCUGCAGAAACACUCAAGGUUAGGUUAUGGUUAGAAGAAAUCUUACUCAAACGUAGCUCACACAGUGCUUCUUUCACACUCCUGCUGCUGGUGUGUCUCAGAGAAGCAUGAGCUGUCUGUCUGGAGUCAUCUUGGUUGUGGAAUUAGGCCUUGAAUGUGCAUAUAUCUUAUCUCUGUGCCUCUCCAAAGGCAUGUCCUCAUCCCACAAAAGGUAAUCAAGGCAGUGUACUGGGUGAGGUUUACAGACACAGCUGCUGAUUGUGAUAAUACGUUCAUGUCCCAGGGCUCCUACAAAUUUAUUUUGAAGUAGUGGAGCUCAAGUGUUUUCUUGCUUGUCAUUGCAGCAUAAAUACCUGACAUGGAGUGUGGGAACAGAAUUUCUGGAUGAUUUGUGUGUGUAAGGAGCACAGUAGGUUUGUGGGUGAUUCUGCUGUAAAGCAUUUCAGACUCUUCACGUAAUGAUCCAAACCAUCUGGUUUGUUGUAUUUGCAGUACUGGAACUUCCCAAAGAGCUGUCAGAGAUGUUUGAUCCAAUGAGAGGUACGUUCAUUCCCUGACCACAGCUUUUUUCUGUGCCCAUCUAUCCACAGAAAAGGGACAAUUUGUUUGAUUCGCUCCCUUUUGGAUUAUUUUGUGGAUGUGGUUUUGUAAGGUGCUUGUGGUCAUUGGUGGCUGCUGGCCCUCUACUAAAGAGUAGUUAGGCACUCUUAAAAUUACUGGUUUCUGUAUUUUUCUGUCUCCAUGUUUCCAGCAACCUCUGUUAGAUCUUGCCUGCAGUGCAACCAGCAAGGGCUUUCCUGUCCCCAUGCCAAUGCUAAUCCGUGUUCAGCCUUCCCAUGCUACUCCUUCAGCUUGUCAACAGUAUGGGAAAGAAAAAAUCCCUGCUAAGUCUUGUUUCAGCUUUAGCUGCCCGAGACUAGUCCAAGCAAAUAAUCUGGGGAGAUAGUGUUCUCUCUUCAAAAUACUUCUCAGUGGUGGUGGUGGAGGAGCUGGUAAUUUUGGAGCAAUAGGGGAGGGAGAUGCUGUCACUUGUGUUUGGAGUUCUGACUCUGCUGAAGGAAUGUCUGGGUUGCUGCCUAAUGAUGGGACAGACUCUGGGUUAAGGGCAGAAGAGAUGAAGGAAUUUUGUCUGACAUAAACCUAAACUGGGAAACUUUUUAUCAGUACAUUUAUUUCUCUCCAGUGCUGGCAGAAUACUUUUAGCCCUACAGCCAGGCAGGACCAAGUACACCUCAGCACUUCAGUGGUGGUUUCAGGAGAUGUACAACAGCUGUCCCUAGUUCCCUGCUCUAGCAGAUGCUUUGUGAAGAUGCUGCCUUUGGGUAAAAAUCUCCACAGACCCAAACACAGACAUGUUUCAGUCUCCAAUCUGUGUGCUCUUAGCCCUGUGCUCCACAGUCAGCUUGGAGAACAUCCUUCCUCCUUGCCCAGCACCUCUGCUGCAGAUAGUGGAUGAAGUCUUGAUGAUGUCUAAGUACAUCUGAAGAGUUGAGAUAUAAACUGCUCAAAGCCCCAACCAUGUAGAAGAUCUAACUUACCCAAAAUAACUCUGCUGUGCCACUAUGUGGAUGCUAUUGUAAAGGAGAUGUUUGCUAUCUGUGGUAAAGUAUGUGGUUUUAUGGAGUAUUCUUCCCAGUUUGGAGGGGGAAGAUAAAAAAUCCAGGAGCAAAGGGCAAAACAGACUCAACAGCUACAGAGGCAAAACUCAGGACUGGAAGAGAGCAGCAUUGCAGAGCUCAGAGGGACAGUCCUAGCAGCAUGCUCCAUGCAGCCUCUCUCAUCCCUGUGUGAUCCCAGUAAUGUUGCCCUGGCGCUGGCAGCUGCUUUAAGGCUGUGCAGUCUAAGCCACAGGAGUUGGAGUUCUCUCAUAGUGUUUUGUGCUGGAAUUACUUUUACUACAUGGUUUUAUCUCUUUUAAGCACAAGCUUCCUUCCACUGCCUGCUGCACGUGUUGUGCCUUAGCCAGAGAAGGGAUAACAAGGGUGGGGAAAGUGGGGAACUACCCAGGAGCAGACCAGGAGAGCAGACUGUUUUGCUACCAUGCUUGUCUCUUCCCCAGAAUGUGUGAACUCUGAGCUGCUGGAAGAGCUGAUGUCAUCUGAAGUGUUUGCUCCCUUGCUCCGCCUCUCUCCUCCACCUGGAGAUCACGACUACAUCUAUAACCUGGAUGAGAGUGAAGGUGUCUGUGACCUCUUUGAUGUGCCUGUCCUCAACCUCUGACUUCUCGGUGCGGCUGUGAGCCCCACAAACACGGACUGUUUUGUAACUCUUUGGAAAGUGUCUAUUUUUGGAUUCCUUUUGUGCUAGAGCUCGAUGGCUGAGUAAUUCAGAGAUGCUCUCAAAUGGACUCACAACCAAGAGAUGUGGACUUGCAGGCUGGGAGCCUCCCGGUAGUUUGCUUCUUCCUCCGGUGCACGUGCAACAUGCACAUGCAGCUUUCCCCCUGCAUCUCUCCACUGGAUCCUGGGCCUCACAUCAAAGGGUCUGUGUUUUGAGUGUUCCCAGUUCACCUGCAAAGUUUUCCCAUGUGCCUCUCUGAGCUUCCUCCAAUCUGCAUGCCUUGGUUUUUCCUGCACUCCCAGAGGCACUUUGCACCUCCUAGGUACCAGCUGCUACAAGGAGCCCCAAAACCAUGGUCAGUUCACAAGCCCAGAGGUUGUUAGUUACAUUUUUGUGUUAGUGGUUCGGAUUGGGGUAGUUUUAUUUCCAAAAGGCAUCAAAAGGAAAAAAAAUGGCACCAAAGUGUCUAUUUCUUUCAGUGACUUUAGACCAAGUUAGUAUGUUUUACAAAAAGCACUUUUUUUUAGCCAGCUGUGCCUCCUAGUGGGAUUCAGGAGCUGAGUGUUCCCUGUAGGACCCAGGAGCCUUUCCCUGUUGGUGCAUCAGCAGGAAUGUUGGACCUGCUUUCACCAGUCUGCUGAUGCACAACCCCAGGGGCUCCAGCUCCUUGUCCAGCAGCUGUGCUGUUUUUACAGGGCUAAAGCAGAGGUGCCAGUAUGGUUUUGUUUUUAAUUUGUGGUUUUGCCUGACUGAAAAGAUGUUUGAAAGGAUAAGACUGCUCCAGGUGGUGCCUGAAAGGUACCCUAGGGACAUCAGAGCCUCCUCAUAUUUGCAAAUAGCUGGGUUUUUCCAACCAUUGCACUUGAACCUGCAACUGUCUGAAAGGUGACCAAGCAGUUACAAUUUAGUAGUAUUUGCUGUGACAGGUUAUGUAGGUGUUGUCAAAAUAGAGAGCUUUUUUUUUAACCCCUUUUUCUCUCAGGAUCAGGUUUUCUGUAUAUUAGAAUUUUCUCCCUUAGUGCCCAUACCCACUCCCAGUUCCUGAUCCUAUGGCAGGUCUUUACUUAAUGUAUGCUUUCUCUGCAUCAUUUUUCUGCAAGAUUUUCUUCAUUGCUUUGUAACAGAAGGUCUGCUGUUGGGUUCUUUAGGAUCAUCAGCUGGUACCAGGCUGGGACCUUGUGCAGUUUAGUUGGAGUGAAAAUGUCCUGAUGGAUUUGUGUUGUAUUUUGCAAGCCCCAACUUUGGGUUUUGGUCAGAUCCUGUGAGUGUCUUUAGUUUUGCACAUCUUCCUGCCACCACAGUGGAAGCAGCUGUCCUGCCUUUCCUGCUCUGCAAACUGCUAAACAGAGAGCCAGGCCAGGCCAUGGCUGGCUGCUGCAGAGAGGGAGCUUCCAGCCAUCCACUUAAAUAGCUGAUGUUUAAUUUCUCUGCAUAGCUGCUCACUGCCUGUGACACACACAACCAGCUACAGCACCAGCACUAAGGGAUGUAAAGUAUGAAGAGCCUUCAGAGCUAAGAAGAGUAUGUGCUUGGGACCUGUGUCCCUGGAGUGGCUCCUCAGGCCCUCUCACUCUGCGUGGGACUCCUCCACAAGGACUGUUCAUUUCUGCAGUAACAAAGCACUGGCAGCCUCUUUGGGCAAAGCACGAAGAACUCGGGAGGAGCAAUGGGACACUAGUUUGGCAUCAGGCAGCUGCUGCUGGCAAGACAGCUGAGGUGUGAGACCCCUCUGGGGGGUGAACUUCCAGCCUGCAUGCAGCCAGUCCCUGAACCUUCCCCCCUUCACCUGGAAGCUGACUGGAGUCCCUCGGUCCUGUGUGUUAACGAGGCUCCGUGGCUUUGGUGUAGCUCCAGCUCUCCAUGUGCUGCUUGGCCCUCGCCCUCCUUCCCAGUGUUCAUGUCCACCACCAGUUAGAUGACCUCCCGAAAAGGAUACCUAGAGAAAAAUUUGCAGUUGCAAAUGAACUUUUGAUUCAUAUAUAAAGAUUUUUUUUAUUUUUUUUUUUUUUUUUUUUUUUUUUUGCAAGGGAAGAAAAUUGCCUGUCAUAUUUGUACAGAGUGUUCUCUGACGUGAAUAAACAAAAACUUUCCAGAGUUUCUCACCUUGCCGCAGCCUGUGCCUCCUCUGUGCGCUAGCCCGGGGGAUGGGGUUCCCUGGAAAGCGGGGUGCCGGGCCCUUUCCCAGCAGGAGGCCCUGUCCUGCUGCCGGAGGUGGGUCCUGCCACACCCGCGUCAGCUCAGGUGAGGGGGCCGGGCCUGCCCGGGGCUGGGGUGGUGGCACAAGGCCUCGGUGCGGCGGCCGGGCCCUUCGUGAGGGGAGGCGGCGGCGGCAACAACCCGGAACUGCCGGCGGUGCGGAGCCGCCGCGGGAGCCAUGCCGCCGCCCAAGGACGUGGUGAAGAUCGCCAUCCAGAUGGUGGGAGCCAUCCCGCAGCUCAUCGAGCUCCAGCAGACCAAGCCGCUCGCCUCAGUGCUCAAGGACGUCUGUGAUGCGUGGAGCCUGCCCAACGCCGAGCGCUACGCCCUGCAGUACGCGGACGGGCGGCAGACCUACAUCACCGAGUCGAACCGCAGGGACAUUAAGAACGGGAGCAUUUUACGGCUGACCACCUCCCCGGACCAAGAAGCAGAGCGGUUGUAUAUCGGGAUCCAGAGCAAGAAUGUGGAUGUGAAGACUGACUCACUAAAAAAGCUUGCAAGCCUCUCCCAGGAUGUUACCUUUGCUCAAGAGUUCAUCAGCAGGAAUGGCUUGAAGCAAAUCUACUCUAUUGUGGAGGAAGGGAAUGAUGCAGGGGAGAUGCUGGCUCACACCCUCAAAGCCUUCACAGAGCUGAUGGAGCAUGAUUUUGUUUCCUGGGAAAAUCUUAGUACAGUCUUCAUCAAGAAGAUAGUGAGUUAUGUCAACAUGAAUGCAGUGGAUGCAUCUAUCCAGCAGCUCUCCUUGUCUAUCUUGGAGAAUAUGGUGCCUACCAGUCGCCUCCUCUUUGAGGUGGUCAAAAAAGAAGUGACGUUGGACCGUCUUCUCACCCACCUGCAGGCGACAAAUGCCCAGCUGCAGCUGAAGGCGAUGGCUCUGCUCAUUGCGCUGCUGCUGAGCGCGACCGACGCCGAGCGGCGGGACAUGAUGGACUACCUGAGGGAGAAGAACAUCAGGCAGUUUAUCCACAAAAACAUUAUCCACAGCUCUGAGCCACUGGGGGAUGAGAUGGCCCAUUAUCUUUACGUGCUGCAGUCUGUCAGCCUCAACCUGUGCGAGCAUCGCAUGAAAAUGUCCAUGGAUCCCUACUCACAGGAACAGCGGGAUCUCCUCCACUCCCUGCGCCAAACUGCUUUUGAGUUGGAGAGCGAGGUGCCUGCUGGCACCUUCAGCACCGAACGCCGGCGAUCCCUGUGUGCCAAGGAAUUCCGCAAGCUGGGCUUCGUGAAUAACAGCAACCCAGCAGAGGAUCUCCACCGUGCCCCACCAGGACUCCUUGCCCUGGACAACAUGGUGUAUUUCUCCAGGAACACCCCUAAUGCCUACAGCAGGGAUCAUUUCUUUGAAGAGCUAUUCUGCAUCUGCAUCCAGUUGGUGAACAAGACAUGGAAGGAGAUGAGAGCAACCCAGGAGGACUUUGACAAGGUGAUGCAGGUGGUGCGAGAGCAGAUCACCAGGAUCCUGUCCCUCAAGCCCACAUCCCUGGAGCUAUUCAAGACCAGAGUGAAUGCACUGAACUACAGCGAGAUCUUGAAGCUGCGGCAGACGGAGCGGCUGCACCAGGAGGAGACACUGGCUGUGCCUGUGCUGGAACUGCGGGAGAAGCUGAAGCCGGAGCUUCUGGAGCUGAUCCGACAGCAGCGCCUGCUGCACCUCUGCGAGGGAACCCUCUUCCGCAAGAUCAGCAGCCGCCGCAGGCAGGACAAGCUGUGGUUCUGCCGCCUGUCCCCUAACCACAAAGUGCUGCACUAUGGGGACGUGGAGGAGGGAGUGCAGUCUCCCCCCAUCGAGAGCCUGCCAGAGAAAAUUCCUGUGGCAGACAUGAAGAUGCUGCUGGUGGGGAAGGAGUGUCCACACACAAAGAGCUCUGGGAAGCAGAACAAGGAUGUCCUGGAGCUGGCCUUCUCCAUUGUGCACGAUGUGGAGGAAUGCUGCCUCAACUUCAUUGCCCCCACCCGGUACGAGUUCUGCCUCUGGACGGAUGGGCUGAAUGUGCUGCUGGGCAAGGAGAUGACAAGUGAGCGAACACAAACAGACCUCGAUGUUCUGCUGUCCAUGGAGCUCAAGCUGCGGCUCCUGGACUUGGAGAACAUCAGCAUUCCCGACGACCCCCCUCCCAUCCCAAAGCCCCCCAGCAACUUAAACUUCUGCUAUGACUUUAGCCAUGCAGAGCAGUGAGUUCCUCCCUGUGCCCUGUCCCCACCCUCUAUACCCCUCAAAAUCAAGCCCCUCCCUCCAGGCUCUGUCCCUCAUCUCUGGCCCAAAGGGACAGGCCAGGUGCUGGCUGGGGGCUUGGGUGUCCCACCCUUCCUUGUCUGUGUCCUGCUCUCCUGCAAGAGCAUGGGAAUGAGCCACCAAGCAUUAGCCUUCUGUUCAAGGCGGGUGACAUGGCUGCUCUGCCCCCCUGCCACUGGGAGGUGACAUGACUUAUAGACAGUCAAACCCCUGUGUGGUGGCACUAAUUGCCCCACACUGCAGCCAGGCUUUGGGCAGAGAGGGCAAGGAUGUGGACUGGAAGAUACAGGUAGCCCUGGAAUAGCUGGAGGGGGAGUAACACUACAAAGGUACAAAUCUGCACUGCCUCACUUUCGCCAUCAGUGUAGGGCAUCCUUUCUGGACAACAAAGUGGUUAGAAAAAGGAUGGAACACACCUUUCCAUUAAGUUUGUCAAGCAGAUGUGCCUGCCCUACCAGGCCCCUCCCACACUGAAGGGUGGUUUUGCCAAGCCCUCUGCACUGUCCUGGAAUGGGGGUAUUUAGGGUACAAGCCAUCUUUUCCCAGCACCGUUCAGCUGGGCCUGGUGUGAGGAGGAGACUCUGGUCUGCCCAUCGUGCCAGUUGCGAUGCCUUCCCCACCUGGGGCGGAUACUUGCACACUUCAGCCAUGCUGCUGCACUACUGCACCACGACAACCUACCUCCUCCGCAGCCCCACAGCCCCCAGCCCAGUGCCCUGCACCUCCUCGUGCCUGCAGCUUCUCCCAGGCGUGUUGUGCUAACAGCCACAGGUCUGCAGGGAUCCACCGUGCCUCUGUCUCCUGUGUAUUGGGACAAUAAACACUUGUGGAGAACUCGGA